GAUCAAGCUCUGUAUUUCAAGAUCUCACCGGUAGGAAGAGAUCGACAAAUCCAUAAUGGCGGUCGUAUCGCCACUGGCAAAAUACAAACUCGUCUUCCUAGGUGAUCAGUCAGUCGGAAAAACCAGCAUUAUCACCCGCUUUAUGUAUGACAAGUUUGAUACAACCUAUCAGGCUACAAUUGGCAUCGACUUUUUGUCAAAAACAAUGUAUCUUGAAGACCGUACUGUCCGAUUGCAACUCUGGUAUGCCCUCAUAUUCUUCUGGGACACUGCUGGACAAGAAAGAUUUAGGAGUCUUAUCCCAAGCUACAUCAGGGAUUCGUCCGUUGCUGUGAUUGCAUAUGAUGUUGCAAAUCGACAGUCAUUUUUGAACACUGCCCGGUGGAUUGAGGAAGUCCGAACAGAACGAGGUGCUGACGUCAUAAUUGUUCUGGUUGGGAAUAAAACUGAUUUAGUUGAUAAAAGGCAAGUCUCAAUUGAAGAAGGGGAUUCGAGGGCUCGUGAAUUUGGAGUCAUGUUUAUCGAAACUAGCGCAAAAGCAGGAUUUAACAUAAAGCCUCUGUUCAGAAAGAUUGCUUCUGCUCUACCAGGGAUGGAAACUCUUUCAUCUACAAAACAUGACGACAUGGUUGAUGUGAAUUUGAAACCUUCAGUCAAUUCAUCCAAUGGAGAUCAGCAAGGAGGUGGCUGUGCAUGCUGA